GACCUGUUUGUAGAAAUGGGCCUGGAUUCCCCUGAGGCAGAGAAGACUCCAUUGGACACCAGAGGGAGGCCGCUGGGUGACAGAAGGAUCACCUCAAGACCUCCUCACUCAUCUUUUCAUGGUAUUGGAGGGGAAGCUGCAGCUGUGGAAACAGAUCAGGGUCCUCUGUGCUUUGAAGAUGUCGCUGUGUAUUUCACAGAGGAGGAGUGGGCAUUGCUGGAUCCUGACCAGAGAGCUCUGCAUAAGGAAGUCAUGGAGGAGAAUCGUAGGAUUGUGGACUCUCUCAAUGGUGAUGGAUUGGAAAUCAUCAGCAAUGGAGACCAUUACAAAACUGACAGAGGAGAGACCUCCUAUUUGACAUCCCAUCAAAUAAAUCCAAUUGGGAAGAAUCACUAUCAGUGCUUGGAAUGUGGAAAGACUUUUAGUCGGAAGGAUAGUCUCACAUCCCAUCAAAGAACCCACAGUGGGGAAAAACCCCAUCAAUGCUUGGAAUGUGGAAAUAGCUUCAGUCAGAGGUGCAAUCUGGUGUCGCAUCAGAAAAUUCAUACAAGGGAGAAACCGUAUCAGUGCUUGGAAUGUGGAAAGAGCUUCAGUCACAGCUUCAAUCUCACUUCCCAUCAAAGAACUCACAGUGGGGAAAAACCAUAUCAGUGCUUGGAAUGUGGGAAGAGUUUCCGUUUCAGCGGCUCACUCACUCUCCAUCAAAGAAUACAUACAGGAGAAAAACCGUAUCAGUGCCUGGAAUGUGGAAAGAGCUUCAGGCAAAGUUCUAACCUCAUGGCCCAUCAAAGAAUUCAUACAAGGGAGAAACCAUAUCAGUGCUUGGAAUGUGGAAAGAGCUUCUGUCAAAGGGCUAAACUCACAUCACAUCAAAUAAUUCAUAAAGGGGAGAAACCAUAUCAGUGCUUGGAAUGUGAAAAGAGCUUCAGUCGGAGAUCCCAUCUCACUUCCCAUCAGAAAAUUCAUACAAGUAAGAAACCCUAUCAGUGCUUGGAUUGUGAAAAGAGCUUCUGUCAAAGGGCUAAGCUCACUUCUCAUCAAAGAAUUCAUACAGGGGAGAAACCAUAUGAAUGCUUGGAAUGUGGAAAGAGAUUCACCCAUAAGGAAAGCCUUGCAUCCCAUCUAAGAAUUCAUACAGGGGAGAAACCAUAUGAAUGCUUGGAAUGUGGAAAGAGAUUCACCCAUAAGGAAAGUCUCACUUCCCAUCUAAGAAUUCACACAGGGGAGAAACCAUAUCAGUGCUUGGAGUGUGGUAAGAGAUUCACCUAUAAGAACAGUCUCACUUCCCAUCAAAGAAUUCAUACAGGGGAGAAACCUUAUCAGUGCUUUGAAUGUGGAAAGAACUUCAGUCAGAAGGCCAAGCUCACAGCUCAUCUAAGUGUUCAUACAGGGGAGAAACCAUAUAAGUGCUCUGAAUGUGGAAAAGGCUUCAAUCGCAGCUCCAAUCUCAGUUGCCAUCUAAGAAUUCACAGCGGGGAGAAACCCCAUAAGUGCUUAGAAUGUGGAAAGAGCUUCAGUCACAGCAGCUCUCUCUUUUUCCAUCAAAGAAUUCAUACAGGGGAGAAACCAUACCCAUGCCUGGAAUGUGGAAAAUGCUUCACUAGGAAGGAACGUCUCACUUCCCAUCAAAUAACUCACAGCGGGGAGAAACCCCAUAAAUGCCUGGAAUGUGGAAAGGGCUUCAUUCAGAAGGCUAAGCUCACAGCCCAUCAAAGAAUUCAUACAGGAGAGAAACCUUAUGAAUGCUUGGAAUGUGGAAAGAGCUUUGGUCAAAGGGCUAAGCUCACAGCUCACCAAAUAAUUCAUACAGGAGAGAAACUACAUCAGUGCUUGGAAUGUGGGAAGAGCUUUAUUCAGAAAGCUAAGCUCAUGGCUCAUCAAAGAAUUCAUACAGGAGAGAAACCUUAUGAAUGCUUGGAAUGUGGAAAGAGCUUCAGUCAGAAAUCUAAGCUCACAACCCAUCAAAGGAUUCAUACAGGAGAGACACCACAUCAGUGCUUGGAAUGUGGGAAGAGCUUUAUUUGGAGGGCUACACUCACUUCCCAUCAAAGAAUACAUACAGGGGAGAAACCAUAUCAGUGCUUGGAGUGUGGAAAUUGCUUCAGUAGGAAGGAACAUCUUAUUUCCCAUCAAAGAAUUCAUAGUGAGGAGAGACCAUAUCAGUGCUUGGAAUGUGGAAAGAGCUUCAAAUGGAAAAAAAGUCUCAGUUUCCAUCAAGGAACUCACAGCAAGGAGAAUCAUAGUAUUUGAACAUGGCUAUCACAUAUCCUUUGAAUUUCCAGGCUAAACAUAUGCAAAUCCCUCAAA